GGGAGGAGGAUCACGAUCGUAAGCUCAGCUUCCUCGAUCUGUGUCUAAUACAGUAUCACUAUAAGCGACGAGUGAUAACUGUGGAGAGACUGUAUCUCAGUAGGAGGAGGUAGAGGCCCUGGAGAGAGGGGAGAUGGCGAUUGUAGUCAGGGAGUACGACGCGAAAACAGACCGGUCGGCGGCGGAGGCGGUCGACCGGAUGUGCGAGGUGGGCACGAGCGGGAAAGCGUCGCUGUGCAUGGACCUUCUCGGCGACCCCCUCUCCCGCGUUCGCCACUCCCCCGCCUACCUCAUGCUGGUGGCUGAGACAACUGGCCCGGUGAAGGAGAUCGUUGGCGUCGUCCGUGGCAGCGUGAAGGUGAUCGCCUGCGGCAGGAACAACCCUCGACAAGGUGGCGGAGGGACGAUGAAGAGCCGCACUCCGGUGUACACGAAGGUCGGCUACGUGCUUGGCCUUCGCGUCUUGCCUUCCCACAGGAGGAUUGGUGUUGGAUUGGAGCUGGUGAAGCGGAUGGAGGACUGGUUUCGGGAGAAGGCAGCGGAGUAUGCGUACAUGGCGACGGAGAAGGGCAACGCGGCGUCCCUUCGACUGUUCACCGGGCGAUGCGGCUACACCAAGUUCCGCACGCCAUCCAUCCUCGUCCACCCGGUGUUCGCCCACCGCUUCGCCCUCCCCCGCUGCGCUGCGGUACUCCGCCUCCCACCCGCCUACGCCGAAGCCAUCUACCGCCGCCGCUUCUCUGCCACCGAGUUCUUCCCCCGCGACAUCGACGCCGUCCUCGCCAACCCCCUCUCUGUGGCCACCCUCCUCGCCGUCCCAGCAGGCUGUGCCGCCGCGGAGCGGUGGCCAGGAGUCGAAGCCUUCCUGGCCGCCCCGCCGGAGUCGUGGGCGAUGGCGAGCGUCUGGGACAGCGGGGGCGUGUUCCAGCUGGAGGUCCGGGGGGCGUCGCGGCUGCGGCGGGCCGCCGCAGCAGCCACGCGGGCGGCUGACAGGGCCGCGCCUUGGCUGCGGAUCCCGUCGGUGCCGGACCUUUUCCGGCCGUUCAGGGCGUGGUUCCUGUACGGGAUCGGCGGGGAGGGGCCGGAGGCGGCGGCGAUGGCGGCUGCGGUGUGGCGAGUGGCGCACAACGGGGCGAUGGGCGCGGCGGCGGUGGUGGCGGUGGAGGUGGCAGAGACGGAGCCGCUCCGCCAGGGCAUCCCGCGGUGGCGGCAGCUGUCGGUGGCGGAGGACGUGUGGUGCGUGAAGCGGCUGGCGGAGGAGUACAGCGACGGGGCGGUCGGCGAUUGGACCAAGUCAGCACCGGGGUCCUCCAUAUUCGUAGACCCCAGGGAGCUGUAAGGUGAAGCCACGCUUCCCCAUGUCACAGGUAGCUGCUAGCUGUAGGCUGUUGCCCAUUUCCAUGCUUUCUCCUUCUGCAGAAAUGUUUUCAUUUUGGUGUGUUUUCUGUAACAUCCCAAGGAAGCUAAGGGUGAAAGCAAAGGUUUUUUUAAAAGAAAAAGACACGUUAAAUUAAA